CCUAAAGAAAAACAGUUGAACAUUUUGGAGGUUAAGUUAUUGUCAUUUUCAAAAAUUAUCAACAAAAAAAAAGUGGGAUAUAUUCUUUUUUUUAAUGUCAACUACAUUCAACAACAAUUAUCUUUGUAAUAUUUAAACUACUAUUAGUUUUUUAACAUGACGGAUAUAGUUCCUAUUAAACGAAAACUCGACUCAGAUGACGAUGAUGACGAUGAUGAUGAUGAGGAGGAGGAGGAACUGGAUACAAUGGAAUUAUCAUCAUAUAUAUCAAUAGACGAAAAUUCCAUAGAUAUAAAACAUGAGGAGCCAAUAGUAAAAAAAGCAAGAGGCAAAAGAAGAGGUGGAAAAAAUUUUCAACAAGAAUGGUUUGAUGAAUUUCCAUUGUGGAAGGAGUGGGUUAUAAGAUUAGCGAAUGAUUCACAAUUUCAUUGUAAAUAUUGUGAUAAAACAAUGUUAUGCGGUAGAAAGGAAAUUUUAAAUCAUGAGAAAACAGUGAAACAUAUUAAAAAAAGGGAAAUUUCUGAAAAAAUGAUUCGCUACGGUUGUAUUGUUAAUACAAUAAAAAAUGUUACUGGUUUAUUGCCAAUGAAUAAUUCUUGUAUUGUCACAACAUCGCCACCACCAACAUCAACAAUAGGAACAACAACUGAUGAUUUAAUUGAUUUAAAUACGGGUCUUACAUUUCGACAAAAAGUACAUGAAGCCGAAAAUAAAAUUACCGAAUUCUUUCUUGCCAAUGAUAUUCCAUUUAAUUUAUCGGCAAAAGUUGUUGGACUUUUUAGAGAAAUUGAACCAUUAGUUUUGAAAGACAUUAAAUUGAGUUCGAGUAAAAUGAGUUUAGUUGCAAAAGAAAUAUAUGCCUUAAAAACUGGUGAGAAGAAUGUUCUUUUUCCCAGAAGUCGUAAAAAAAAGAAUAUGAUUAAAUUAGAUACAAAACACUGAAUUUCGUGAUUAUUAUUAUUAUUAUUUUUU